AUGAAUACAGAUCGAGGUGAAAGGGAAUCAGCUGACUUUGAUCCCCUCUUAUUUUCAAGACUCGUUAAAUCUGGCCACAAAAAGAUGAGAAGUAUGAGUUCGCCUCUCCUAAUUUCCAAAGAUAGGGAGCCUGUUAGAUCAGAGAACAAUAGCACUAAGAAGAAAAUGAAGGUUGAGGUUGACCCUGAAUAAGAGGAAAAGGACUAUAUUUACUGGCCAGAAGAUACCAUGCCUAAGUUCUUCCCACUAUCUAGUCUUGGCUUUGGCAUUUGGAAGUCUUAGCUUCACUAAAAGGACUAGUUAUUUGUGAUGGUUUUAGGUUCUAAGUUUAUAUUCGUAGUUGUCCAUCCCCCCAAAUAAAAGAAGUUCUCUCAAAAAUAACCUAAUUUGACUUAAUCACCGUUCUAUCUUUCUGAUGAAGAUGAAGAAGAUAUGUAGGAUCUCUAUUAUGAUUCUUUCUAUUUACUCAAUAAACGUAAAAUUCUUAAGUACUUUGGAAACAAAAACCCAUUUACUACAACAGAAUUAAAAGGGGGUAAGCAGGAAGUUGACUUUUAUGGAGUUGUAGCCUUUGAGGUAGAGUCUAAGGAGAUUAUUGGAAUGACCUACACCAACAAUUUAGUUAAAGAUGCUAAUAGAAUAGUUUUUGAGGCUAGAACUAUUAUUAAAAAGAGUUUUGAAAAUGUAGAAGACUUCUUUAGUUUUUAUGGACUUGAUAAAGAUGAGGAGUAAGCUUAGAAAUUAAGCCCUGAUGACGACUUUUACAUCCCGAGACUCAACUAUUACAAACAUAAGAUUGAUAUCAAGCGAGUAUUCCCAUUUAAUAAAAACAACAAUAACUAAAGAAGAGGAAAAAGCUCCUAGAAAAAUUUGUUUGAGACCAAGAAAGAAUUUAUCAAUAGGGUAUAUUACUAAACUUAGAAAUCCGCAAGCAAAAAAUCUAAGAGGGAUACCAGAAAAUCAGAAAAUUCUUAAUACUUCCAAAGUUCUAGAACUCUUAGACCUGAGUAAUAAAAUCAAUCAAAAAGAGGAUAAGACUUUCUGGCGCCUAACUAUGGUCAUAGAAGUAUCAGGCACAGUGAGUCUUAACUUCAUGGGGAUAACACGUGUUUCAUGAGCACUGCUGCAGGUGAAUGCUAGACAAGCUUGGAUCCUUUUAAAGUCACUGAAGAGAAUUUGGCUGAUUUAUCCUUUGAUAAUCUGCCACUUCAAGUGAAUGAAAACCUCGAUGUUAAAUCAAUAAAUAUUGCAUACUUUGAUGAUCCCAUCCUUCCUUAUGCACUUAGAGAAGUUGUCAAUAAAAAGUAAAAUAGAGCUCUAUUUCUAAUGCAUGAAGCUCCAAUUCCUUAAUGGACUGUAUUGUUAGCAUAAUUUGGCUACUACAAACCAUGGAUUAGAAUCAUUGUCAAGUACUUAGUGUAUAUUAUAUCCAUCUUUACUAUGAUUCUUGGUUUCUGGGAUCUCUAUAAAAAUGUGCCAGUAAUAAAUAGCUUCAUCCAUAAUCAUCUAAACAGUCUAUAACAAUUAUUUGAAGAUCACGUGACAAUUAGAUUAUCUAUUCUUCUUGUGAAAUUAAUAUUCUACAUGCCAACAAUGAGCAUCUUAAAGAUUCUACUUCUCAUAAAAGAUGGGUUUAUUGGAAUAUACUUGAUUAUCAAAGAAAUUAUUAUUGGGAUUUCAGCAAUAAAAAAAGUCAUUAUUCCAGCUGCUAAGACCGUUUCUGAGAAUAAGGAGACAACGCUAAGUAUUAUACAGUUUUUUUAAGCUAUUGGAUUUUCUUAUUCAUAGAGUCUCUAUAGAAAAAUGGUGCUUGGUUGCAAAACCAUUUAUGAUUUCUUUAUCUUCUUAGUAAGUCCAGAUAUCUAUAAGUAUUUGAGAGACUUCUUCUGGGCAAGUGUCUAUUUCUGCUACAGGUUCUUCAGAAAAUGCAAAUCUAUUUUCAUGUAGUACAGACAUAUUCUACUGUUGAUAUUCCAAUACACGUUGCGAUAUGUAUGUCUAAUAUUAUUUCUGAGAAUUCUUUAUAUCGCAACAAGGGAAUACUUUGAGAUUGAAGGUUGUAUAUUUUGCACUGAGUUUAAGGACAAGACGAGUCACUAUCUUAGUCACUUUGUGGAAAGGGACUUGCAUAGAUACUUGGAAAGUGAAUAGUUUAUUAAUAUGCUUAACAAUUAUCACAAAUUUGUAGAUUGGAUAGCUAACAUUUAAAGUAUAGACCUUCAGGGAAUUGAGCUCUGA